CUCUCUUAAAUAUAUAUAUCACAUACAGUUAAAUAUAUAUAGUUAAAUAUAACUCUAUAUGUGUUAAAGUGUUUGUUUGUCUGCAGGGAGCAAACAUCCUCCUGACCGACAACGGAUACGUCAAACUGGCGGACUUUGGUGUGUCAGCUCAGAUCACUAUGACCAUCGCUAAGAGGAAAUCCUUCAUCGGGACUCCGUACUGGAUGGCUCCAGAGGUGGCGGCGGUGGAGAGAAAGGGUGGAUACAACCAGCUGUGUGACAUCUGGGCCGUUGGCAUCACCGCCAUCGAACUGGCAGAGCUGCAGCCGCCGAUGUUCGACCUCCACCCCAUGAGAGCUCUGCUGCUGAUGACCAAAAGUAACUUUCAGCCACCCAAACUGAAAGACAAGGUGAAGUG